GGAGGGAAAGUAAAGAAAACAGCAAAGGAGAGGGGCAGAGAGGCACAGAGGGCUUCUCCGACGGGACAGGACAGGCAGCAUGGCGCACCUCUCUUCUCAUCACCUGCUCUUGCCCCUGGCAAUGUUGACAGGUCUCUGCUCCCCCUUUAAUGUGGACGAGCAUCACCCACGCCUGUUCAAAGGGCCACCAGAGGCCGAAUUUGGAUACAGUGUCUUACAGCAUGUUGUAGGUGGAGAGCGAUGGAUGCUGGUGGGCGCCCCUUGGGAUGGGCCUUCAGGUGACCGGAGGGGGGAUGUUUAUCGCUGCCCUAUAGGGGGAUCCCACAAUGCUCCAUGUGCCAAGGGCCACCUGGGUGACUACCAACUGGGAAAUUCCUCUCAGCCUGCCGUGAAUAUGCACCUGGGGAUGUCUCUGCUAGAGACAGGUGGUGAUGGGGGAUUUAUGGCCUGUGCCCCUCUCUGGUCCCGCGCCUGUGGCAGCUCUGUCUUCAGUUCUGGAAUCUGUGCCCAUGUGGAUGCUUCAUUCCGGCCCCAGGGAAGCCUGGCACCCACCACCCAACGCUGUCCUACCUACAUGGAUGUUGUCAUUGUUCUGGAUGGCUCCAAUAGUAUCUAUCCCUGGUCAGAAGUUCAGACUUUCCUUCGGAGGCUGGUAGGGAGGCUGUUCAUCGAUCCGGAGCAGAUACAGGUAGGGCUGGUUCAGUACGGGGAGAGCCCUGUGCACGAGUGGUCCCUGGGAGACUUCCGAACGAAGGAGGAGGUUGUGAGAGCGGCAAGGAACCUGAGCCGGCGGGAAGGUCGAGAAACGAGGACUGCCCAAGCAGUCAUGGUGGCGUGCACAGAAGGGUUCAGUCAGUCCCGGGGUGGCAGGCCGGAGGCUGCCAGGCUGCUGGUGGUUGUGACUGACGGAGAGUCCCAUGAUGGAGAGGAGCUCCCAGCGGCGCUAAAGGCCUGCGAGGCUGGAAGGGUGACGCGUUACGGGAUUGCGGUCCUGGGUCACUAUCUCCGGAGACAGAGAGACCCCAGCUCUUUUCUUCGGGAAAUCAGAGAGAUCGCUAGUGACCCAGAUGAGCGGUUCUUCUUUAAUGUCACCGAUGAGGCUGCACUCACAGACAUCGUGGAUGCGUUAGGAGACCGGAUCUUUGGUCUUGAAGGGUCCCACGGAGAAAAUGAAAGCUCCUUUGGGCUAGAAAUGUCUGAGAUUGGCUUCUCCACCCACCGGCUACAGGAUGGGAUUCUCUUUGGGAUGGUAGGGGCCUAUGACUGGGGGGGCUCGGUGCUAUGGCUUGAAGAAGGUCGUCGCCUUUUCCCCCCACGAACUGCCCUGGAAGAUGAGUUUCCCCCUGCACUGCAGAACCACGCAGCCUACCUGGGUUACUCUGUCUCGUCCAUGCUUCUGCCGGGUGGGCGCCGCCUCUUCCUCUCCGGGGCACCGAGGUUUAGACAUCGAGGAAAAGUUAUCGCCUUCCAGCUAAAGAAAGAUGGGGUUGUGAGGGUCGCCCAGAGCCUCCAGGGGAAUCAGAUUGGCUCAUACUUCGGCAGCGAGCUCUGCCCAUUGGAUACAGACAGGGACGGAAUAACUGACGUCUUGCUUGUGGCGGCUCCCAUGUUCCUGGGUCCCCAGAACAAGGAGACCGGGCGUGUUUAUGUGUAUGUAGUGGGCCAGCACAUUUUGCUGAUGCUCCAAGGAACCCUUCAGCCAGAACGUUCCCAGGAUUCUCGGUUUGGCUUUGCCAUGGCUGCUCUCCCUGAUCUGAACCACGACGGUUUUGCCGAUGUAGCAGUUGGGGCGCCCCUGGAGGAUGGGCACCAGGGAGCACUGUACCUGUAUCAUGGCACCCAGGGUGGAGUCAGGCCACACCCUACCCAGCGGAUUGCUGCUGCCUCCAUGCCACAGGCCCUCCGCUACUUUGGCCGAAGCGUGGAUGGCCGGUUGGAUCUGGAUGGAGAUGAUCUCGUGGAUAUUGCCGUGGGUGCCCACGGGGCAGCCAUCCUGCUCAGCUCCCAGCCCAUCGUCCACUUGGUUCCAGCGCUGGACGUGAUGCCACCACACAUCAGCGUGGUUCAGAAGGACUGUAGGCGCAGAGGCCAAGAGGCAGCCUGCCUGACCGCAACCCUCUGCUUCCAAGCGACCUCCCACACUCCCGGCCGCUGGGAUCGCAGGUUCAACAUGCACUUCUCAGCAACGCUGGAUGAGUGGACGGCUGCGGCACGUGCAGCGUUUGACGGCUCUGGCCAGCGGCUGUCCCCUCGGCAGCUCCAGCUCAGUGUGGGCAACAUCACUUGUGAGCAGCUGCUCUUCCAUGUGCUGGACACGUCGGACUCCCUCCGGCCGGUGGCCUUGACUGUCACUUUCUACUUGGACAACACCACAAAGGCAGGGCCUGUGCUGGAUGAGGGCUCACCCACGCUCAUAAGAAAACUGGUCCCCUUCUCAAAAGACUGUGGCCCCGACAAUGAAUGUCUCGCGGACCUGGUGCUUCAAGCUGAUAUGGACAUCAAAGGCUCCAGGAAGUCCCCAUUUGUGGUUCGGGGUGGCCGGCAGAAGCUGCUGGUGUCAGCCACCCUGGAAAACAGGAAGGAGAAUGCCUACAACACUAGCCUGAACCUCAGCUUCUCUAGAAACCUCCACCUGGCCAGCCUUACUCCUCAGAGGACCAAGUCCGUGAAGGUGGAAUGCGCAGUCCCUUCCCCGCAUGCCAGGGCAUGCACUGUGGGGCAUCCAGUCUUCCAGGCAGGGGCCAAGGUGGCCUUUCUGUUAGAGUUUGAAUUUAGCUGCACCUUCCUCCUGAACCAGGUCUUCGUGAGGCUGACUGCCAGCAGCAGCAGCCUGGAGAGACAGGAGACCCUCCAAGACAAUACAGUUCAGACCUCUGCCCACAUCCGCUAUGAGCCUCACCUCCUGUUCUCUAGUGAGUCCACUCUGCACCGAUAUGAGGUUCAACCUUACAGGACUCUCCCAGUGGGUCCUGGCCCUGAAUUCAAAACCACUAUCAGGGUUCAGAACCUUGGCUGCCACGCGGCCAGUGGCCUCGUGAUCUCGGCCCUCCUUCCAGCUGUAGCCCACGGGGGCCAUUACUUCCUGUCGCUCUCCCAAGUCAUCGCUAGCAAUGCAAGCUGCUCGGUGCAGAACCUCACGGAGCCCCCAGGACCCCCUGUGCGUCCAGAGGAGCUCCAGCACACAAGCAGACUGAACGGGAGUAACACUCGCUGUCAGGUGGUGAGGUGCCGCCUCGGACAGCUGGCAAAGGGCACUGAGAUCUCGGUUGGACUGCUGAGGCUGAUUCACAAUGAAUUCUUCCGGAGGGCCAAGUUCAAGUCUCUCACAGUGGUCAGCACCUUCAGGUUAGGAACUGAGGAGAGCAGUGUCCUACAACUGAACGAAGCCUCCUGCUGGAGCGAGAGCUUCUUGGAGGUGAUUCAGACCCUCUCCCCCCUCAUCUCCCUGUGGAUCCUCCUUGGCAGCGUCCUGGGGGGGCUGCUCCUGCUGGCUCUCCUCAUCUUCUGCCUGUGGAAGCUUGGCUUCUUUGCCCGUAAGAAGAUCCCCAGGGAAGAACAAAGUGGAGAGAAGCUGGAGCAGUGACUGGGAGAAGGCUCAGAAAGUCCUCUUUGGCAGCGUUUUCAAGAGACUCGUGUCCAAGAAUGAGGCUUGGAGGCUCCAAGGGGGAAAGAGGCUUCUGGAAUAUGUCUCCAGACCUGCAGCCUGACUUGACUUUUGAGCCAUUGGGAUGCUUCUGGCAAGAGAGGAGGCUUUGCCUCAGACAAGAAGGGCUGGCCCCGAAACACAUCAUGUCCCCACCCUGUGCUCCUCCUGACGGGCUCCACAGCCAACACUGGGUCUUUGUUUGGGGUCCUACACCCCAUCACCAUCACAGACUUUGUUCCUGCCUCUUUUGUCCUUCCUCACAAUUCCGAAAAGAAGGUUACUCCCCCCCCCCCCGACCUUCCUGCCUGCUGCCCACUCCACAGGAGAGAGCUGACGUUGGCUUAAAAGAAGCAAAAGUCAACAUCGGCUCCUUUCCUGUGGAGCCCGGUGAUUCACGGAGCCGGAGGGGGAGAGUCAACAGGAAAAAAGGAGGGAGGAGAAAAAGCCACAAGAGACAUUCUGUACGAUUCCGAGGCACAGAGAAGCCUUCAGACAGGCAACUGCCAGUCCCCUGAAACCCGAAACUUCACGUACGCCCGCCCUCAGGUGCUGGGGAAACCCAGCUGCCCCCGGGGCGCUCCGAGCUCACGCGUCCCAACCCUCAUCCUUCUCCGGAGCCAAGCCAGGACCGGUGCUGAGUUUUCUGAAGUCAGGGGCCCCCAGGUGGCUCAAACUGGAACAGCAGGGAAGCCCGUCGGUAGCUCUCUUCCUUAGGGAAAGCUGCUCGUAGUGGGAAGCUCUUUCACCCCACCAGCACUGGGCAUCAGGGGCCCCCUGAGAUCCAAACAAGGGAGAUCUGCCUGAGGAAGCCGAAGUGGCUGGCGUGAGGCCUCUGGGAAGCCCUUAUUUGUCCAGCUUUGGUGCUACGGCAGUAAUAUCACCCAGGAAGAUGUUUCUGGGACUCCUUUCAUGUGUUGUAGGUUUCUGUGCUGGAGUGAGUGUUUCUGCCCUUACCUGAUGUUUGCUGAACAACUCAAGUUAACUCUUAAACCUCACCCCCACCCCCUUGUCCUGUGGUUUAAUUCAUGGGCGAUUCUCAUAGUUGUUGUUGUAAUUAAGACUUUGAACAGCAAAGACAGUUACUGGUCUCCAGCAUCCAGCUCUGCUCUGAGUGGGCAGUUAAGCAGCUGUCAGGGACCCGGUCCACCCAGGCUGCCCUGGUGUGCCUACAGAGUUUAUUUUGGUGUCCCCGGCUUUCUGCAGAGCCUCCCUUCGGGGGAUUGUCAUUUCCACCUUGGUGGUCAGAUGGUCAGAACAAAUAAAAAUCCAAUAUCAAA